AAUUCAAUAUCAAUAGUGCAAAUUAUUUUUGGACAUGCCAAAUAAAUGAUUCUACAAGUCUGAUAAACAGCAAUGGAAAAUGCCAAUAAAACAGUUGAAAAAAGCCUGAAAGAUUCGCCACGUAUUUAUGAAAGAAGAAGAAUCCCAGUGAUAGAUGCUAGUGAGGAACUAAGCAAUCUCUGUGUUGCGAGGAACAGCGACAACAUACUUGUAGGAUCCGAAAAAGGGUGCUACCUAUUAUCACUGGAAAGGGAAUCUGUAAUUUCUUCGUACAAAGAUGAUAACGGUGCUGAGUUGAAAGAGGUUCCAACUGCAAUUUUCAAUGCCGAAAAUGAUAAUUUGAUUUCCCUCGCAUCAGAUAAUAUCGUGCUAUGUUAUGAUAUUCGCCAAAGCAGUUCAAGUAGGCCUGUACUUUCAUUUAAGGAAAACUCUGACGAAAUAAACCAGCUAUCAUCUUCUGGGACACAAUUAGCAGCUUGCGAUGAUAGUGGGGAGGUUAAAAUAUAUGACAUUGCUGCAAAUAAAUUGUUCAGAACUUUGAGAAAUAAACACAAAAAUAUAUGCUCUACAGUUUGUUUUAGAAGUUCUAAUACAAAGGAACUGCUUUCAGGAAGCCUUGACUGUCAGCUCAUUUUAUGGGAUUACUCCAAAAUAAAAGUUCUGUUUUCAAGUAGCACUCAAGAAGUUUUUCAAGUUACAGAUGGUGACAAUUCUAACUAUAUGGUUAAUCCUCCCUUGAUAAAUGUUGUUGAUUGCACUGGUGAUGGACAAAUUGCUGCAUGUGGAUUAGGUAAUGGCAGCAUUGUACUAUAUGAAGUAACAAAAGGAAGAAAGCUGAAGCCAUUCAAUAUUUUAAGGCAUCACUCUUCUCUUGGGACAUCAUGCUUAGAAAUAUUUGAAUUUGGAGGAUCAAGGUAUUUACUAUCUGGUGGAAAUGAUUGCAAAGUUAAAAUAGAUGAAGUCUCAUUGAAUAAAGAUAUAGAAAAUGGUGUGGAAAGUGAGUUGUUUUGCAGCAAUCUACAAUUGCCAUCAAAAAUAAACCAUCUAACUGCUUUUUCACAGAAUGAGAAAAUGUUUAGCUUAGUAUGUGAUCAGUCAAGUGAAGUUAUAUUGCUUGAAAUUUCUACGUAGAUGAUGAUCAAUUUUGUCUGGUGGUAUUUUUAAGAGUAUUGCAAUAAAAGAUCUAAAGUUGCUAAUUUUUUGCACAUGUUCUAUAAUACCAAGUUGUUUGAACAGAUCCAAUAAUUGCCCUACCACCUAAUGUUGCUCUGUAACGAAAAUUGCUUAAAAUUGUGACUAGGAUCUGCAUGCCUAAGAUGUAUCAGGUAAGUUGCAGUUUAAAGUAAAGUUUGAUGCAAUGACCUGAUGUGUUUACCUGAUAUGAUACAAAUGUUGACAUGUUUAGUUGAAGAGCUAAUAACCUAAGCUUUAAAUUAAAUCUCACUUCUUGAGUUUGAAAACAAUAGAGUUUUUACAAAAUAAUAGAUGAGCUUUUUCAAAAUCUUUUGUUAUGGGUGUUAAAUUUUCUCUUUGCCUCCCACUUUCAAACCUGUGUCAGAGCCUAGAUAAAGCAAAAAGAAAGCAGUGUAUAUUCUUGUAU